CCAGGCGGUCGCCAUGGUUGGCUCUGGGGCGCCUCUUCCUCAAGGCUUCGGGCUCCUUUUCUCCUUGACUCCACACUACUUCCUGUUUUUGAUUGGGACCUUGGCCAACAAACUCAAUGUGCCACAAGUGUUACUGCCCUUCAGCCGGGAGCCAGGCCGGGUGCCCUUCUUGCUGGAGGCCCAGCGUGGCUGCUACGUCUGGCAUUCCACACAUCAUGAUGCAGUUACCAUUGAGCCUUUAUAUGAAAAUGGUACCUCUUGUUCCCAAAGAGCUGUUCUUGUCUCUGAAUCCACCCAACCUGUACGUCUCAGCAGUAUUAUUCUUGCUCGAGAAGUGGUGACGGACCAUGAACUACGCUGUGAUGUUAAGGUAGAUGUGAUAGACAGCAUUGAAAUUGUAUCCCGAACCCGGGAGCUGUAUGUGGAUGAUGCCCCGCUGGAACUUAUGGUGAGGGCCCUGGAUGCAAAAGGAAACACAUUUAGUACCCUGGCAGGCAUGGUGUUUGAGUGGAGCAUUGCACAGGACAAGGAGUCAGCAAGAGAAGAGCUAUCAAGCAAGAUCAGGAUUCUGAAAUUCUCGGAAGCAGAAUAUUCUCCCCCUGACUACAUAGCUGAGAUGGAAAGAGACGAGAGACAAGGAGAUGUGAUUCUGGUAUCUGGGAUGAGAACUGGAGCUGCUGUGGUAAAAGUCCGCAUUUAUGAGCCCUUCUACAAGAAGGUGGCGGCAGCGUUGAUCCGGCUGCUUGUUCUGGAGAACAUAUUUCUCAUACCAUCCCACGAUACAUAUCUCUUAGUGGGAGCCUACAUUAAAUACCGAGUUGCAAAAAUGAUUCAAGGGAGAAUGACAGAGGUGAAUUUUCCCCUGGAACAUUACACGUUAGAACUGCAAGACCACAGAGUUACAGAUAAAGGGCAUCCUUCUGGAAAGGUGGCUCUACUGGAUGAGAAAACGGCCAUGGUGACUGCUCUCCAGCUGGGCCAAACUAACCUUGUCUUUGUCCACAAAAAUGUCCAUAUGCGCUUUGUGUCUGGACUCCCAAACUCUACCAUAUGUGUUGUAGAGCCUGGAUUUUUAGGUCUCACCGUUCACCCCGGAGGCCGGUGGAGCCUAGAGGUGGGGCAGCUGUAUGUCAUCACGGUCGAAGUGUUUGAUAAAAGCAGCACAAGGGUCUAUAUUUCUGACAAUCUCAAGAUUACAUUCCAGUUUCUGAAGGAGUACUUUGAAGGGCAGCUGAGUUCUCCAAAUGGAUCUUACCAUGUGGUAAAAGCCCUGAAGGACGGAGUUGUGCUGAUAAACGCAACGCUGACUUCUGGCCUUCUGAAGGGCAAUGGUUCUCAGCUCAAAACGUGUCAAAUCAAUCACCAACAGGAGGUGAAGAUUUACUUUCCCAUUCAGCUUAAACCCAGCUUUCUGGCAUUUCCCCAUAAUCCUCUGGGAAUAUUAAAUCGUUACAAAGUUCAGGUACAGGGAGGUAGUGGCAACUUUACCUGGACUUCUUCUAAUGAGACGGUGGCCAUGGUCACCACCAAAGGAGUGGUUACCGCAGGUCAGGUGAGAGGAAACAGCACCGUUUUGGCACGAGAUGUACAAAAUCCUUUCCGAUCUGGAGAAAUUAAGAUAUAUGUCAUGAAGCUGAACAGAAUGGAACUGUUACCAUUUCAAGCUGAUGCGGAAGUUGGCCACAUUAUUGAGGUCCCCAUUGCAAUGUAUCAUGUCAAUACAGAGACCAAAGAGGCUAUCCCUUUUACAGACUGCUCUCACUUACCCCUGGAUCUCAACUCAGACAAGCAAGGAGUCUUCACUCUUUUUAAAGAAGGUAUUCAAAGACUGGGACCGAGGCACUGUUCCUGUGCCAGUGUGCACAUAGCAGCCACAUCUCCAGGCCACACUGUGGUGACAGUCAGCGUGACUGGGCAUGAGGAGCGCGUGUGGAGCAGUGCCACCUUCGCUGCUUAUGAGCUUCUGCAGGCUCUAAACCCCGUGGAAGUGGCCUUGGUGACAUGGCACUCUGUGAAGGAAAUGGUAUUUGAAGGGGGCCCUCAUCCAUGGAUCUUGGAGCCUUCCCGAUUUUUUUUGGAGCUGAGUAUGGAAAAGGCAGAGGACAUUAGUGUGACCGAAGUCCGGCUGCCAGCCAAGAGGAAGCAGAACCAGUAUAUCUACCGAGUCAUGUGCCUGCAGUUAGGGGAACAAGUUCUCACUCUACGGAUCGGGAAUCACCCCGGUGUCCUGAACCCUAGUCCCUCUGUGGAAACGGUGCAGGUGCGUUUCAUCUGUGCCCACCCUGCCAGUAUGUCGGUGACACCAGUGUAUAAGGUGGCAGCUGGCACCCAGCCGUGUCCUCUGCCACAGUACAACAAGCAGCUGAUUCCUGUGUCCAGCUUGAGGGACUCUGUCCUGGAACUAGCAGUAUUUGAUCAACACGGGAGGAAGUUUGAUAAUUUCAGCUCAUUGAUACUAGAAUGGAAAUCUUCCAACGAGACACUAGCCCACUUUGAAGAUUCUAGGGCAAUGGAGAUGGUGGCCAAAGACGAUGGCAGUGGGCAGACCCAGUUGCACGGUCAUCAGAUCCUUAGAGUGCACCAGAUAAAGGGGACUGUACUCAUCGGAGUCAACUUUGUGGGCUACGCAGGGAAGAAGAGCCCAGGCAACAUUUCCAACUCACCAAGAUCUGCGAUGGUGGAGUUGCUCCUGGCAGAGGACGUCACGAUACAGCCUGAGAAUGCCACCAUCUACAACCAUCCUGACGUGAAGGAAAUAUUUAACCUUGUGGAAGGAUCUGGCUACUUUCUGGUCAACAGCAGUGAGCAAGACACUGUCACCAUCACUUACAUGGAAUCAGAAAGCUCUGUCCAGUUAGUUCCAGCACAUCCUGGAUUUCUGACCCUGGAAGUGUACGACCUGUGCCUGGCUUUCCUGGGUCCAGCAACGGCCCAGCUCAAAGUGUCAGAUAUACAAGAGGUAGAGUUGGACCUUAUUGAUAAGGUUGAGAUUGGCAAAACUGUGUUAGUGGUCGUGAGGGUUCUUGGCUCUUCCAAACACCCUUUCCGGAACAAGUACUUCAGAAACAUGGACGUCAGGCUGCAGCUGGCAUCCGCCAUCGUAACCCUGAGAUUAAUGGAAGAUCAGGAUGAAUACUCUGAAAACUACAUGCUCCGUGCUGUCACUGUUGGGCAAACCACACUUGUAGCCUCUGCCAUAGACAGGAUGGGAAGAAAAUUCACAUCAACGCCUCGGCACAUUGAGGUGUUUCCUCCCUUCAGACUUGUUCCUGAGAAAAUGACACUGAUUACCACCAACAUGAUGCAGAUAAUGUCUGAAGGAGGCCCUCAGCCCCAGUCCAUCAUUCACUUCUCCGUCAGCAACCAGACGGUGGCUGCUGUUAACAGGAGGGGACAAGUCACAGGGAAGGUGGUUGGCACCGCUGUGGUCCACGGCACCAUCCAGACAGUGAACGAAGACACUGGCAAAGUCAUUGUGUUUUCCCAGGAUGAAGUCCAAGUUGAAGUUGUCCAGCUCCGGGCUGUUAGGAUCCUCGCGGCUGCAACUCGCCUCAUCACAGCCACCGAGAUGCCAGUCUAUGUCAUGGGGGUGACCAGCACCCAGACUCCUUUCUCCUUCAGCAAUGCCAAGCCCAUGCUCACCUUCCACUGGUCCAUGAGCAAAAGGGACGUGCUGGACCUGGUUCCCAGGCAUUCAGAGGUGUUUCUCCAGCUCCCAGCCGAGCACAACUUUGCCAUGGUUGUUCACACAAAAGCAGCUGGCAGGACCACGAUCAAGGUCACAGUCCGGAGUACGAACAGCUCCUUUGGGCACUUUGAGGGGAAUGUGCUGGAACUGUCGGAUGAGAUUCAGAUCCUGGUGUUUGAAAAACUGCAGCUCUUCUACUCAGACUGCCAGCCUGAACAGAUCCUGAUGCCGAUGAAUUCUCAGCUCAAGCUGCACUCCAACAGAGAAGGCGCAGCUUUUGUAAGUUCCCGUGUUCUCAAGUGUUUCCCUAACUCCUCCGUCAUUGAGGAAGAUGGUGAAGGGCUCCUGAGAUCUGGGUCCAUUGCGGGCACUGCCGUAUUGGAAGUCACUUCUAUAGAACCUUUUGGAGUCAAUCAGACAACCGUAACUGGAGUCCAGGUAGCACCAGUGACAUACCUUCGACUGAGCAGCUACCCCAAGCUAUACACAGCCCAAGGAAGGACCCUGUCAGCCUUUCCUUUGGGCAUGUCUCUCACCUUUAUUGUUGAGUUUUAUAAUAACAUUGGAGAGAAAUUCCACACCCACAAUACUCGGCUUUAUAUGGCACUGAACAGAGAUGACUUGCUGCUGAUUGGACCAGGAAACAGAAACUAUACAUAUAUGGCUCAGGCUGUGAACAAAGGGGUGACAAUUGUGGGGCUCUGGGACCAAAGACAUCCUGGCAUGGCAGAUUAUAUUCCUGUUGCUGUAGAACAUGCCAUUGAGCCAGACACCAAGCUUACCUUUGUGGGCGAUGUCAUCUGCUUCAGCACGUACCUCGUCAAUCAGCAUGGUGAGCCUGGUGUGUGGAUGAUUUCAACCAACAAUGUUGUACAGACAGACGCUGUCACUGGAGUCGGAGUGGCUAGGAGCCCAGGAACUGCAACCGUUUUUCAUGACAUCCCUGGAGUGGUGCGGACCUUUCGAGAGGUGGUAGUCAAUGCGUCAUCGAGAUUAACACUCAGCUAUGACUUGAAAACUUAUCUCACCAACAUCCCCAAUGCAACUGUGUUCAAACUGUUCAUCAGCACGGGCAAAAAUGUCAACCUCAAAGGGUCCUGUACUCCGAGUCAGGCUUCAGCUGUUGCAAAUGUUCUUCUUCCUGAGACCCUCAUGCUAUGCCACGUGCAGUUCAGUAAUACUUUACUGGACAUACCAGCAAGUAAAGUCUUUCAUAUCCACUCAGCGUUCAGCAUGGAGAAAGGGGUCUACGUUUGCCUAAUUGAGGUUCGACAGAAGUCAGAGGAGUUGCGCCAAGUCCUCAGUGUGGCAGACACCUCAGUCUACGGGUGGGCAACUCUGGUCAGUGAACGUGGCAAGAAUGGGAUGCAAAGAAUCCUCAUUCCUUUCAUCCCCGGCUUUUACAUGAAUCAGUCAGAGUUGGUUCUCAGCCACAAAGACACGGGGGAGCUAAGAGUCCUGGGAGUGGAAAGAGUACUUGAGAGCCUAAAGGUCUUCUCCAGCUCCCCAUUUCUAGCAGUCUCUGGCCAUAAGCACUCUACCCUCAUGACAGGCCUGACUAUCUACCUAGUGAGAAUAGUCAACUUCACUGCCUUCCAGCAGAUGUCAUCACCCGUCUUCAUUAAUGUUUCCUGUGCACUCACCAAUCAACAUGAGGCCGUGUUAGUCAGAGCAAGGGAUGUAUCUGGUACAGAUUACUGCGAAGAUUCAGGUGUCUUCAAGAAUUUUGUUGGUUCUUACCAGAUCCUUCUGUUUACCCUCUUUGCUGUGCUGGCAUCAACUGCUUUCAUCUUUCUAGCGUACAAUGCCUUCCUCAACAAGAUACAGACUAUUCCAGUUGUUUACGUACCGACUCUAGGGACGGCUCAGCCAGGCUCUUACACAACAGGCUCCCCCCACUUCCUGAGCCCACAGCCACCGCCAGUGCACAGCCGGCUGCAGCACUGGCUAUGGAGUAUAAAGCACUAACGCGAAUAUGGCCACACCCCGUAACUGCAAGACACCCAUCCUGCACAAGCCUAGUAGCAAACGCUACACUA